GCCGUGUGUUCAAGGUGUAUCAGUGUAAUGAAUUAACUGUUUAAGAUAUUAUAAUGGAUACUGAUAUUGAUCAUCAUCAUAUUAAAUCCAUUGAAUUCAAUAAUGUUAGUACAAUUUGGACAAGAUUAAUCUCUAAUGAAUUAAAUUAUGUACAAAAUAAUCCUAAAUUAUUUACUCAUUUAUUAAAUAAACAAAAUAUUCAUAAUGAUGAUCAAAUUAAGAAAUUAGCAUUACAAGCUAAUUCUACACAAUUAUCUGCUUCAUUUUAUUAUCGUAUUGUUAAUUAUAUUAAUGAGAAUGCAACAAAUGAUUUACGUCGUAUCAUAUCUUUUAUAAAUGAAUUUGACAAAGGUAAUAUUUGUAUGAAAAGUACUAAAAAAGCUCAACAUUAUAGAAAAUUAGGAAAUGAUUUAUUCAAGCAAGGUAACUUGAAUGCUUCAGCAACAGCUUAUCGAACUGGUUUACUUCAUGCACCUAAUGCAUAUUUCAUGUCAUCGACUAGUCAAAAUGAUGAAUUUUGUUUAGAAGGUGCAUUGUUGCACGGUAAUUUAUCUGUUGUACUUGCACAUCAACAAUUAUGGUCGUCUUGUUUAGAAUCUGUACUAACUGCAUUGGAAUUACACUUGAAUGUGACAAAUAUUCAGAAUUGUAGUAAUAAUGCACCAGUAAUUCGCUUAAAAACUCGUUUCGAUCAAUGUUGUAAACAUUUAAAUUUACCUACACUUAUUGAACGGAACUCUACACUUACAUCAUACAAAUUACUGGAAAUUCAUACCAAGCUUAUCUCUUUACUUAAUAAUGAGAAUAAAAACAAUGUAAAGAGCCAUUGGGAUAUCCCAACACCAAAAUACGAUCAUAACCUUUUGUACCAUGGGCUUUCAAACGGUGUACGUAUUGAUACAAAUCAUGAAAAAGGCAGACAUAUCAUCGCUACUGAAUCCUUUGAACCAGGCGAUAUUAUAGCGGUUGAGCCUGCUGGUGGAUGGGCAGCAAACAGAAAUGCACACUCUUAUGAUAAUGAUAAUAAUAAUCGUAACACAUUUGAAUAUUUACUACUUCUACCAUCACAACGGAUGAAUCAAUGUUUGAAAUGUUUUAAUCAACUAAACUCCGUUGGUUUUAUCUGUCCGUACUGUUGUGAUGCUGCGUAUUGUGAAUUGUCAAAUAGGACUAGUUGUAAUUCUUAUUGCGCAAAAAUUUCAAAUCCUUCAUACUUAUUUCGUGAUUUUCAACAACCUGCUUGGCAUCUGGCAGAAUGUCGAUUUAUGUUUAUUUUAAAUUCCAUUGGAUUGGGUCAUUUAUGCUUUCGUCUCGCAUGGCUUCGUCAACGCUAUCAUCACUCAUCUUCCGACGAAAUUAUCAAUCAUAAUAAUUCAUAUUUUACUACUGAUCAAUUAAUUGAACAUUUUACAAACUUUCACGUUGAUGAAUUAUUCGAAUAUGCACUUACUGGUUGGUUAAUAUCGAAACUUUUAAGCUAUAAUAAUAAUAAUGAUAAUAAUAAAACAAAUUUGCAAUCGACUAACAAUGAAUUGAUCCAAGGUCUCUGGUGUUUCGACACGUUAAGACGUCUUCAGUGUAAUGCACACGCUAUCACUGAAAUCCAAGUCAAUGAUCCUGAUAUUCAAACAUGGCUCCCUUCGGAUCAAAUAAAUGUUAAUGAUGUUAAUGAUCGGAAAUUAAUUUAUCCUUUGAUUUGUAAAUUGCAACAAAUUCGCAUUGCAACUGGCCUAUUUCCAUGUGUUAGCUUGUUAAAUCAUUCAUGCGAUCCGAAUACCAUUCAUGAUUUUCAAAAUUCAUAUUUAAUUUUACGUUGUUUAAAACCAAUCCUACCUAAUACUGAAGUAUUUCAUUGUUAUGGCCCGCAUUAUUUACAUUAUCCAUCAAGUGUUCAACGUGUAACACUUCUUCAACAACAAUAUUUCUUUAUAUGUCAUUGUGAACAUUGUGAUAAAUCUGUUCAAUCUUCAUCAUCACCUACUUUAAUUAAAGAUCAACAAAUGUCUAUUGUCCCAACUAAAGAAAUGUUAAACGCAUGGAAAGAUGCUGUUGACAAUCUUUUACAAAUACCUUGGCAACCUAUACAAUCAUUAGAGAACUUGAAAAAUUCUAUACAAAUUAUACAUAAUAUUGCUACAAUGAAUUCAACUAUUUCAUGGUGGCCAUUAGAUAAUAAUUUAGGUAAUUUAUAUGAUACUUUAGGUAGACAAUAUUUAAUUCAAUCAAAAUUUUUAAAAAAACAUACAAAAUUCAAUUUAAAACAAACGAAUUGGUUAUUUAUACAAAAUAUUGGUUUAUGGUGUUUAUAUAAAUCAAUUCAAUGGGUUCAAUUACAAUUCGGUACGAUUAGUUGUGAAUAUUUAUGGGAAUUAAUAAAUUAUUUUAAUUUAUUUAUUCAUUGUUUUAAUCGAUUGAAUACUACUACUAACACUACUAUUACUCCUCCUCCUCCUACUGCUAUUGCUAUGCCUACUACUAAUACUCCUCCUACUACUAUUACUACCAUUACUAAUACUACUACUACUACUACUCCUACUACUACUACUCCUACUCCUACUCCUGCUACUCCUCCUCCUACUACUACUACUACCACUACUGCUACUACUCCUACUACUAGUACUACUACUAAUAAUACUCCUACUCCUGCUACUCCUCCUCCUCCUCCUACUACUACUACUACUACUGCUACUACUCCUACUACUAGUACUACUACUAACAAUACUCCUACUCCUCCUACUACUAGUAAUAAUAAUAAUACUAACAAUACUAAUAAUAGUAAUGAUGAUUUUUAUGAAGAACUUAUAAAAUUUAAUGAAUUAAUUAAAUUACAAAUGGAUUCUAUUACAUUUAAGGAUCAUGAUUCAAUUUUAUCUGAGAUCAUUCAUAUUUCUACUAUAUUAUAUGGUUCUGAUAAAACUCAUAUGAUCAUGAAUAAAUUUUUACAUAUAUAAUAUGUAUCUUUAUUCAAUUAUAAUGUAUUAUUAUAUUUUGUAAUGCUAUGCGCCAAGUUUUGUAUAGAUUUUUAUAUUUUUUUGCGAGGAGGGGGAAUGUUGUGACUUUGAGACCGGUUAGUUAUUACAUGAUUCAUUCGCCAAUCGAAAUACGACUUAUUUAAUCUUAGUAUUGUGUUAAACCAAUGACAUUCGAUCGGUAUGAGCAGCUUAACCUGUCCAGUUGAGCUCAGAACACCAAUAUUAGCUUCCACUAUGCUAAACAUUUAUUUCAAAUAUACUUGGUUUAUAUACUAGCCAAACAAACCGGAUCACACUAUAAAAUAGGAAAUAAAAUUUAUACAAGAUCAAGUCAAAAAGUGGUCGUGAACGUGGGAGACUGUAAUCAGUAAACUGAACAUAAAAACAGUAAAUCGUACAAUAAUAAUCUAUAGGUCAAAAUAAAGCUUACAAUAAGAGGAAUAUAUAUAUAUAUAAUCUACUUACUUCAUAGUUUUGCAAUAAGAAUAUAUAUCAAUGAAAUUGAAGAUAGUGUGGUGUAUGCUACUGAUGUCGAUGGAUAUAAGUAGUAUGUACUAUCAGUUGAAAGUGAAAUACCUGGCAGCAGAAAGUUAAGAAGAUUGAAGAAAAGAGAACGAGAACAGAGAAUGAUUGCUGUGGAAAUGAAGGAACAAUGAGGUCUGAAACGAUUGAUUGAUAUAUUGCAAAUGAAGUAUUUACUGUAUAGUUCUUAGAUUGUGCUAAGAGAUUCUGUAAUUUUGUAUUAAAAUAAAUACGGCUGUCUCCACUUGUGUUCUCGUUCACUACAAUAGCAGAUUUAGGAUUUUGAACGUGAAAUUCAUUCAUUCAUAUGAUCAAAUAGUAAUAUGACAUUUAAGCUAAUGUCAUUGUGUGAUGAAAAACCUAACUUGGAUUCUUAACUCUAACUUCCAACUGUUAAUACUAAUCCUAAUUCCUUAUUAGCAAUUUAUAACCCUCUUUCAACCUUUUUCUAUUUAUUUGAACACAUAAAUAUUUGUACAAAGGGGCAUCAGAUACAUAUGCGCCACACAAUAGCAAUGAGAAUGCUAAGAGAUAGAGAAUGUAAAGUGAGUAUAAGAAGAAAGAGAACAAUAAAGAACAGAAAUUAGUGUAUGGAAGUGAAAUAAUAAUAAUAAUGGAAGAGACAAUUCAGCUAACAAAGGUACAACCAGAAAGAGUUCUUUCAGUUAAAAAAGUUACAUCAGGAUCGUCACUGGCUUCUAUUCUGAGCCAUAUUUGAUAACGUUUCUAGCCACUGUGUUGCACCAUCACUCGGACCCCAACUAGGGGGUCAUGAAAGAGCGAAAGAAGUCAGUCCUGUAUAGCUUUCUUCCAUACCCCUUUUCUAUCCUUACACAAGCUUUGCCCAGUUCCAUUACGUAACAGUCGUCGUUUAUGGUCAAACCCGCGGUCAUCAGGCGUAAACCGACG